AUGCUCUCAAAAAGGUCCAAAACUGACCGAGCGCAAUCGGCUGCUCUACAUAGCAAGAUGAAGUCUUCUAGUGCUCAUGACGAAAAGCAGAAGCAUGCUUUGAUCAUGGACAUAGAGGGCACAAUAUCUUCUAUCGAUUUUGUGAAGAAUGUCUUGUUCCCUUAUUCGAUGCUUCAUGUACAAGAUUUUUUGAAAAAGUUCUCAGUUUCCGAUGACGAAAAAUGCGCGGAGCUAAUGAAGCAGCUGUUACAUGCUUCAGAUGCGGAUGCCAAAACUGAUCCUGAUAGAUUCAUUAAACCCCGAAUGGAGACUAUGGCUCAUGAUAUUGCAUUGAACUGCAUAGAAUGGGUUAAACAGGAUAAGAAGUUGACUUGUCUGAAAGAAAUUCAAGGUAAAAUGUGGAAAGAAGGUUAUGCUACUGGAGCCUUCCGAUCUGAACUGUACGAAGAUGUCUUCCCUGCUUUGUCCCUGCUGAAGGACACUUAUGAUCUCUAUGUCUAUUCUUCCGGCUCUGAAACUGCUCAGAAACUGUUCAUGGAAUAUACACAACAUGGAGAUCUCUCAUAUUUGAUCUCCGGGUUUUUCGACACCAAGAUCGGAAGCAAGACAGACAAGUCAUCGUAUGAGAAAAUUUGCUCCGUGAUUGAUAAGCCCCCACAUAAGGUUAUUUUCAUCACCGACAGUUUCUUAGAAGCUACUGCUGCUCGCAAAGCUGAAAUUGAAGCUAAGCUUGUUAUUCGACCUGGCAAUGCUCCUCUACCUCCAGAGGCUGCUGAGUUUGAAAUAAUCAAGUCUGUGUGGGAAAUCAAACCUGCUCAAAUGAGUGAAAGACAUGUCUUCAUUGACUCUGAUGAUAGUAAUUAA